AUGCGGAGCGGUGUCGGCGCGCGCCUUCUGUCACAGGCGGUGGCCAUCGCCAUCGCCGUGGCCGUCGCCUGCUGCAUGACCGCCGCGCCCUCGUCGGCGCAGGGGACGACGACGCCCGCGGACGCCCGCGGCGCGGUGCCGUCGUGCGCGUCGAAGCUCGUGACGUGCGCGGGCUACCUGAACAUCACCGACACGCCGCCGGAGUCGUGCUGCGACCCGCUCAAGGAGGCGGCGGCCACGCAGGCGGCGUGCAUGUGCGCCAUCCUCAUGAACAGGGCCGCGCUGCAGGCGUUCGGCGUGGCGCCGGAGCAGGGGGUGCUCCUCGCCAAGCGCUGCGGCGUCACCACCGACGCGUCCACCUGCGCCAAGUACAGCGCCGGCGCCGGUACAGAUGCUGGCACUGCAGGUAGCACAGCUGCUUCUUCAGCAUCCACGGGAACUGCUGCUUCUACAGUUGCCAAGCCAACGGCAAGUGGAGGAACCACGCAUCCCCUGAGCUUGAUCGCCGCAUCUUCAUUUGUAGGCUUCAGUUUCAUCUGGUGGAUGAUCAUGGCGUAG